AUGAAUUAUGUAAGCGAAGUGUUACAAACACUAAAUGCGGUGGAAAUUGCGAAGGAAACGAAACGUGAUAAAGUGUUGAAUAAAAUUGUAAGAUAUGCGAUUGAUCAAUGGCCAAAAGUGAACGAGUUAAGCGAGUAUGAGCAAAAGUUUCAUGCUAAACGUGAAGAGUUGUUCGUGGAAAAAGGAUGCCUUUUCUGGGGAUAUAGAAUCGUAAUCCCAGAAUCAGUGAAAAGUUUAGUGUUGCGAGAAUUACACGCGUCUCACUUUGGAACUGUAAGAAUGAAAAUGAUAGCGAGGUCAUACGUCUGGUGGCCAGGUAUCGAUGGCGAAAUUGAGCAAAUUACAGCAUCUUGCUUAGCGUGCGGACAAGAACAGAAAAAGCCAUCGAGUGUACCAUUAACACCAUGGCCAUGGCCAGACAAGUUUUGGAGUAGGAUUCACAGCGACUUUCUUGGUCCAUUCCACGGUCAUAUGUUUAUGAUCGUUAUCGACGCUCAUGCGAAAUGGUCAGAAGUUAUCGAUAUGCGAAAAUGUACGACGUCGACAGAAGUAAUUAAAGUAUUUCGAAAAUUGUUUGCUCGAUUUGGAUUACCGCGUCAUCUGGUGACGGAUAACGGUCGUCAGUACUCUAGCCUUGAGUUCAAAGAGUUCACUAAAUGUAAUGGAAUAAAACAUAGCUUUUCAGCACCUCAUCAUCCGGCGACGAAUGGGGCAGCUGAAAACUUUGUUCAAACGUUUAAAGAUAAAGUUACGAAAAUUAUGAAAAGCGGAAGAAAUCUCGAGGAAGCAAUAGAUAUAUUUUUGUUCGAUUACAGAGCGACCGAACACUGCACGACCGGCAGAAGUCCCGCCUAUCUCGCGUAUAAGCACGAGCUUAGAACUAGAUUUGAUCUACUUCGACCUGACGUAGGCGAGACGGUCGACAAAAAACAGACUGCGCAAAUAAUUGGCAAAAGAGGAAAGCGAAAAGUAGACUUUAGAGUAGGUGUAGGAUG